GACGCUCAAUCAUGAAGUUUCCGGAAGUGGUGUGCGCUCUUCUCCUAAUUUUUAAUUACAAUCUACCAUUAAAUGCAAACCAAGAAAAUCAAAUAUUUCACAUUUCGCUAGAUCAAGACGGUCACAUAACUCUCGAUUGGGCUUUGGAUUACAUAAAAGAAACAAUUUGGUUUGAAGUGCAUUUACCGCGCGACGAUUUCGGUUGGUUCGCAUUUGGUUUUUCAGAUUUUGGAGAACCUUUCCCAGCGGAUUAUUAUCUACUGUGGACCGAUUGGAAAAAUAGUGUUACAUUACAAGAUGCAUGGGCAGACGAAAAAGGUGUUCUGCAUUUGGAUAAGCACCAAGAUACUAUCGGCUACCAUAUGAAACAACGAGGAGAUGUGCUAAAAUUUACCUUCCAUCGAAAAUUUGAUACUUGCGAUCCUAACGAUUACGUAAUUCAAGAUGGCACAACGCAUUUGGUAUGGUCGAAAGGUCCCGACGUGGUCCACCACCUGCGCGGUUUAAAUAUUACCACUCGUGAUUCGGGAAUGGUACGGACACAACUACUCAAGAAUUUAAACGUCCCCACUAAACCGCCACCGUCUGAAAAAUUAGAAAUCCGCGUUGAUCAUGUGAAUGUGCCCAGCUCGGACACCACCUACUGGUGUAAAGUUGUCAAACUACCUGAAAAAUUUAAACAGAAACAUCACAUUUUACAAUAUGAAGCAGUAAUUGAAGAAAAAAAUCAAGGACUAGUACAUCAUAUGGAAGUAUUUCAUUGUAUUGCACCUGUGGGUGAAACUAUACCAGAAUAUGCAGGAUCAUGUUUUGGGUCCGACAGACCCGCAAGCACGCAAGUUUGUAAGCGAGUGCUGGCGGCUUGGGCAAUGGGCGCAAAAGGUUUUGCAUAUCCGGAAGAAGCUGCUCUUCCAAUUGGAGGACCCGAUUUUAAUCCAUACAUUAUGUUAGAGGUGCAUUACAACAAUCCGGAAAAGCAUUCCGGUUUGGUAGACAGUUCAGGAAUCAGAUUUUAUGUGUCGUCAAAAUUACGAGAUAUGGACGCAGGCGUUAUUGAAUUGGGUUUAGAGUACACCGACAAAAUGGCGAUUCCACCCAAGCAGGACUCAUUUUCACUGAGUGGAUAUUGCGUGGCGGAAUGCACAUCAAUCAGUGUACCGCCAACUGGUAUAACAAUAUUCGGAUCGCAAUUACACACACAUUUAACUGGAAUCCGUGUACGUACUCGACAUUUCCGUAAUGGCGUAGAAUUGCCCGAGGUGAACCGCGAUGAUCAUUACAGUACUCAUUUCCAAGAGAUAAGAAGAUUAAAACAACCGGUUGUUGUGUUACCCGGUGAUGCACUGGUGACGACCUGUGAUUACAGGACCACGUCGAGAAACAACAUAACCCUUGGGGGGUUUGCAAUUAGCGACGAGAUGUGUGUUAAUUACAUUCAUUACUUUCCAGCGAUCGAUUUAGAAGUCUGCAAGAGUUCCAUCAGUGACGAAGCCCUCAAGACAUAUUUUCAAUACAUGCAUGAGUGGGAAAAUCAAGAUAUAUCUGAGAAAAAAGGAAUUUCCUCAAAUUAUGCAUCAAUUGAAUGGAAUAAAAUGCGUGUUGAGUUGUUGAAAGAUGUAUAUCUCGAGGCUCCACUAAGUAUGCAAUGCAACAUGUCUAGCGGCGACCGCUUUCCCGGAUAUUGGGAAAAUACCCCUCGCUCUACAGUCCUCAAACCGCUACCGCCGCCGCAGCGAGAAUGUUUCAAAGGCUUCAAUGAAAACUAAUCUUUAAUCUUAUUUCCAACUACAAAUAAAUAAAAACUAUCGUUAUAUAUAUAUAUACAAUAUCUGGUUUGUUAACCACAUUACAAAGUAGACUCUAGCGAUACAAUUGUGCAUUCACAUUGUGUGAUUUUUGAGCAUUUAGAACACUAGAAUAUGAAUAAAAACCGCGCAGAAUUGUAAUGCUGAAAACAUUGAAAACCAUUUAUUUUUAUUA